AUGUACAUACAACGGAGAUCGAUUGAUGACACUCUCCUCCGGUGGCUUUGCUGGCUGGCUGGCUGGCUCGUUGAUACUGAUCGAUUUUUAGUGUCCGAAUCCGCGCUCUCUCUUUACAAAGACUACAAUGAACUCGUCCCGUGGGCCCGGGUGGAUCCUCCCGCCCGACCGGACGAACGGAUGGGUCCGAUUGCGGAGGAUGAUUGGUGGACUGUGCUCGACGGGAUUAUGUCAUCGCUGUACACACAGGCUCCGCUGGAUUAUUCAUCCUCCGUCUGCUUACAGUCCCAAGAGGAGGGUUAA